UUGCUAAGCUGUGCCAGAGCUGGCAUUGCGCAAACACGCCUCCUCAGCAGCUUUCUCAAGGCUUUCUUGGCUCCGCCCUGCCGGUUUGGCGACAUGCCCUAGGGAGGAAAUGUUUCCAUGCAAUGAUUAGCUACUGCCAGAAGAAUGGCUACAGAAGAGACAGUGUUUGGAAGAUGGGAUGUCAAAAGACUGAGAACACCUGGUAAUCCCAAUUUGUACUCCAAGACUCAAGUCUCAAGGAAAUAAGUGUUUGUUUUUCUCAAGAAAAAGGCUGAAAGUUGCAACCACUGGCAUUUACCAUCAUGGAGACCAUGGAUUGUAGCAACCCCCAAGAGGGGUCCACAGCCUCAGGUGGUCAGAGGGCUACUGGAGAAGACAGUCUUUUGUUAAUUGAAGCCGUUAAAAGGCAAAAUAUCGAUGAGAUCCAUAAAUUGCUGGCAACAGGGGCUGAUGUCAACGUUUCUGAGGAUAUUGGGGGCUGGACACCUUUGCACAACGCAGUGCAGUGCGGCAGGGUGGACAUUGUAGAGCUUCUGCUUCGCCAUGGUGCCGACCCUCAUCAGAGGAAGAAGAACGGGGCCACUCCAUUCAUCAUUGCUGGGAUCCAGGGAGAUGUGAAACUGCUCGAGAUUUUCCUUUCUAAAGGAGCAGAUGUCAACGACUGUGAUUCUUAUGGCUUUACAGCUUUUAUGGAAGCGGCUGAGUACGGUAGGGUCGAAGCCUUAAGAUUCCUUUUUGAGAAGGGAGCAAAAGUGAAUUUGAGUCGAGAGACACGGGAGGACCAAAGGAGACUUAAGCAAGGAGGGGCCACGGCUCUCAUGAGUGCUGCUGAAAAAGGCCACACAGAAGUCGUGCGUAUUCUUCUCGAAGACAUGGGAGCAGAAGUCAAUGCCUGCGACAACAUGGGCAGAAAUGCCUUGAUCCGUGCUCUGCUGAGCCCAGAUAAUGAAAAUGUGGAGGAAGUUACCUGCCUUCUGCUGCACCAUGGGGCUGAUGUCAACGUGAGGGGAGAAGGAGGCAAGACGCCUCUGAUGGCCGCAGUGGAAAAGAAGCACAUCGGUUUGGUGCAGAUGCUACUGAGCCAGGAGCACAUAAACGUCGAUGACAGAGACCACGAAGGCAAGACAGCCCUGAGGACUGCUGUGAAACUCAAACAGAGGAAAAUUGUCGAGUUGCUGUUGCAUGAUAAGGGAGCCAAUACCGACUGUGGGGAUCUUGUUGGGAUAGCCAGGCGGAAUUACGACGAUUCCCUUGUAAAACUUCUUCUCAGUUAUGGAGCUAAGGAACAUCCUGACCCUCCUGUUAGAGAAUGGGUACCUCAGAGUUCACGCUGGGGAAAAGCCUUGAAAAAGCUCCACAGUAUAAGUCCUCGUAUAAUUGGUAAACUCAAGCUCUUCAUCGGUGAAGAAUUUAAAAUAGCUGACACUUCUGAAGGGAACAUCUACCUGGGGUUCUAUGAGGAGAGAGAGGUGGCUGUAAAGGUGUUCCGAGAGGACAGCAUAUAUGCAGCAAAUGAAAUCUCCUGUCUGCAGUGCUGCCGGGAUCACAGUAACUUUGUGACAUUCUAUGGGAGUGAGAGCAUCAAGGGCUGUUUGUAUGUGUGUGUAUCCCUCUGUGAGCAGACGCUGGAAGAGUGCCUGGCCCUGCAUAGAGGGGAAGCUGUGGAAGAUGAGGAGGAUAAGUUUGCUCACAACGUCCUGCUAUCUAUAUUUGAGGCUGUUUAUGUACUACACUUGUUGCUUGGUUACACCCAUGAGGACCUGAAUCCACAAAACAUCUUACUAGAUUCCAAGAAUGCUGUUCGCCUGUCAGAUUUUGAUAAGAGCAAGAAGUGGACGGGAGAGCCACAGGAAGUUAAGAGCGAUCUGGAGGCCCUUGGAUGGCUGGUUCUAUAUGUGGUAAAGAAGGGUGAGAUCCCUUUUGAGACCCUGAAGGCUAAAAAUAAUAAAGAGAUGGUGCAAGAAUCUCCAGAUGAAGAGACUAAGGACCUCAUUCACAGCCUGUUUUCUCCUGGGGAAAAUGUGAAGGACUGUUUAAAGGACCUGUUGGGCCAUCCCUUCUUUUGGACCAGGGAGAACCGUUAUAGGACACUUCGGAAUGUGGGAAAUGAAUCUGACAUUAAAACUCGAAAACGUGACAGUGAGCUCCUCAAGCUGCUGCAAUCAGGAACAGCUAAACCUUCCAGAAGUUUUGAUCAGUGGAGAUCUAAGAUUGACAAAUGUGUUAUGAAAAAAAUGGAUGCUUUCUAUUGCAAAAAUAAAAAUUUCUAUCGGGACACUGUGGGUGAUCUGCUGAAGUUCAUCCGGAAUAUAGGAGAACACAUUGAUGAGGAAAAAAAUAAGAGAAGACAUUUCCAGAUCUGGUCAUGCACGUCUAUAAGAAACUGCAGCAUACCGAGUACAGAAAACAUUUUCCUUAGACUCAACCAGGCCUCCGUGGGAUCCAGGAAUUCUGGGGAUCAAACUCAUGUCUCAGAUUUGCAUGGCAAGCGCCUUUACCUGCUGAGUCAUCUUACCAGCUGAGUCAUCCUACCAGCUGAGUCAUCUUACCAGCCUGAUUCCUAUUAUUCAUUUCACCAAAGGAAUGAGUACCAAGACCCCUAAAUUUUUAUAUUUCAUAAUUGUCUCAGUCAAUUCUCCUGGUGAUCUUGCAAACAGAAUUUAUUAUUUCUAUUUAAGAACUAGAGGCUCAGCUUGAGUGACUUUCCCAACAUCAUACAGUCUGUACAGAGCACUGUAUAAAUGGAUCUGGUGUUAUUGUCACAUCUCACAUGGGGGCUUUGUAAACUUAAUCAGCAAUUCAGGGCUUUUCUGGAUGAAACCCAGAAGGAAUUUGCCAAAAUAUGCCAAAGAGGUUCCCAGAAACCUAUUUAUUCAUUCAGUAUUGUUGGAUAUUAAUAUAAAUCUAGGUACUAGUUGCAUGAAUUCCAUUCCUUCUAGAAACACCUGCACUGGUUCUUCAUGAUCUCCAGGCAACAGUUCUCACUUGGGGUCAUUUGACAGGGUCACAACUUGGGGGAUGGUACUACUGGCAUUAGGUACAUGGAAACCAAAUUUUCUGUGAUGCAUGAAACUCCAUUCUGGGUACCCUCUCCAGCUCCCUGGCACACAGAGGGACCUCAGCCCACGCUUCUCUCUACCUUGUACUUUUGCUCCCCUUUCCUGCAAUCAAAGCUACUUAGGGCCAAUGACUGACUUUGAAUUUGUGUCCCCACUGUAUAGUAGAAAUAUCUGCCUUACGGUAAUGCUGAAUAAAUCUUCAUUGACUAAUCGAGUCAUCUUUGUGUGUUCAUAAUAAUAAUAGAUUUUAUGAUGCUUUAGAAUUUAUACAUCUGCAUAUUUUCCAAUCUCAUUUUUUUGGUUUUUAUUUUUAUUAAAAUUUUUAAAUUUUAUGUGUAUGAGUGUA